AUGGCUUUGGACCUAUUCUUCCCGCACCGGUCGGGCCGUAACUAUUGGGAUGUGUGGCGAUGGCCGGAGAACCUGUUCGGCCAACACUUCGGACUCGACGUGAACGAGAUGUUGGCGGCCGGGGGUCUCCGUAGCGGCGCCGGCGGGUCACAAGUGGUGAACGCCGGCGACCGGUUCGCCGUACGACUUGACUGUCAGCACUUCACACCGGAAGAGAUUACCGUCAAAGUGGUCGACCAUCAGCUCGUCAUACACGGCAAGCACGAGGAGCGCACCGAUAGUCACGGAUGGAUUCAACGAGAAUUUACGCGCCGG